UCUGCAGCAAGCAGGAUUCUCGCGUGCUGGGGUCUGGAGCCGAUGGCAGACAAUGUCAACAACUAACAACAUAGCGCAGGCCCGGAAGCUGGUGGAGCAGCUCCGCAUCGAAGCCGGCAUCGAGAGGAUCAAGGUGAGGGUGGGAGCCCACGCGGCCGCGCCGGGGUGGGCAGGGACGGAGCAGGAAGGGGCCUGGGCAGGUGCUUUGGGUUUUCCCCGAGCACGUGCAUGCUGCUGCGAUGUCUCCGGCUCGGAUAUUGCAGCGUUUGUAGACGGGAUCCCUCCCUGCAGCCACGGCUCACGCCACGAGGUCAGGUCACAGCCUGGGCAGCUUCUCCCCGGUGCCAGAGGCGGCCGCGCCAUCCCCGGAGCGAGUUCCCGGGGCUCAGCGGGGCACACGCAGCCCGUGGCCCUGACGCCGCAGGGGCCAGAGCAGACUCUGCCCCAGGCACGCUCACAUGCAUUCCAGUCUUGUUUCCCCGUUUUCUCACAGGAUGGUUUCACUGCCCAGAGGCAGUUUCUCUCAGAAAGUCGCUGCCUGCACAGCUAUUUCAGCUGCUGCGCUCUCGUGGAUGAGCGGGACGGCGACACACCGGGCUCGGGCUCCAGGCGUGGUUGUGGGAGAACUUGGGAAGGUUUGGUCUGUGCUGCCGUCGGCCAGGACAGCAAACCAGAGUCUAUUCGCAGCCGUGUGCUGGCUCACCAGCAAAGGAGCCCCAGAAAUAAAGCUCCCUGUGGCCCUGGGGGGCUGGAGCAGCCACGGUGUCUGGAGAGUCGGGGCCGGGCCAGAAGCUUUCGCUCUGCUCUGGGAACCGGCUCGGGGGUUGCGGUCCCUGGGCAGGGAGCUCUGGAGUGGGGCCUUUGCUGGAGACAGAUCUUAGCAUGUGGGCAGCAGGUCCCAGCUCUGUGAGCGAGACACCCCGGGGCUCUCUGAAUUUACCCCUGCUAAGCCACGGAGGAGCCGAGGAACUGUGUGUGCUGGGCUUUGCCCGCCUUGGGCUCCAGAGGCUCCCCGGGAGGGGAGCCGAGAUCUGUUCCUGGAAAGUCGCUUGUCAGUAAGUCACACAGGGGAAACCCCUGUGCAUGGUGACGAAAGGCACAGGGAAACUGAAAUACAGUAAAGCGCAGAGGUGUUAAUUCCUGGUCAAAGAAUUUUUUUCUUUGACUUUCAGUCCCUGCUACUUCUGCAGCACCAGCUCCUCCGUCAUCUCCGGUUUUGAUGUCCUGCUUUGAAUAUGGGUUGGGUUUUUUUUUUUUUGAAAGCCAUGAGGUUUUGGAGCUGUUUUUAGGGCCAUCACUUUCCAGACUCCAGUCAUGCACCCAUCAGCAAGGCCAUCUUAGGGAAGACAAAAUAAAUUACAGGUCUUCCCCCAGCACAGGCGUUGCUGACUCCCCUAAGAAUUACCACGUCUCAGCUCCAGCAUCCCAAACGGCGCACGCCAAGGAGGAAGGAGGGUGUGUGUCUGCUUUCUGACCUUUGUAGCUGGGCCUAUCUUAAAUGCUUUAGUGGGAAAGAGCAACAGUGGUGGGACCACGACAUGCAGCUAUUUAGGCUGAGUGGAGAAGACCGGCUGUCUGGGUGAGCUUUCCAUAAAGCUGUGACCCGGCAGCUCGGCGUUUGCCUGCAGAUUAACCAGCCAAAAUGCUUCUGAGAUGAGGGGAGCGAGUACAGCCUGAGGGAGCGUGAGCUGGGGCAGGG